CAGUUGAAGCAAGAAAAUAGCGCAAAGAAAAUUGUGUACGUAGGUGCUAAUAUGUAGGUGGAAAGCAGUUUUUCAUUUUGAAGUAAUGCAUUUGUAAUGAAUAGAACUACUGAAUCCAGUUCUAGUAAUGCGUGCUUGAUUUCCUUUAUUUAUUUAUUCGCUUUUUGAAGUGCUAACAUUUAAAAUAAAUUUUCAAAUUCAACUAUGGUAAAACUAUUUCUGUGCAUCAUUUUUCACUACCGUCAAAUGAAUAUUUUUGGUAACGAAUUAGACAUUAUUAUGGCGGAAGAAUGUAUUUUGACCUCUCUAUAAUUAGUUGCUCAUCAAAAUUGCAAAACAAAGGUGAAGAGUUUUUACAAUUUAUGGUUCAGAAAAUAAGUUGCUCAUAAUGUCCUAACUCCUUUGAAGCACAUAAAUAUGUCGCAACUCUAAUCUGCAAUCACUAAGCAGCCUUGAGCAUAAAUCCAACGCACUUCCUGACCAACCUACACAACCUAUUCAAGCCCCCUUACGGUCAAAUACCGCCAUUUCCUGUGAUGGUGUGCAAAUUGGAGCUAAAUUCCCUUCGGUGCACAAUUUUGGCAUGCGGCAGUCGGCUAGGCGGGCACACCAUGGCAUCAAACAAAAAAAAAGAUGAAUACAAUUUGCCUUACAACCGGGGAAUGUGAGCAUUGCUUCAUGCAAGUUAAUGUGAUUAUGGAGCGUACGCUGGUAAAGUUGUGCCGGGGUUUUCUUUUGCGCUCCUUUUGAUUACCAAUAGGAAUUAAAGAAAAAUCCUCUUUUAACGUUCCAAUGGGCUUGCCAAACGUGUGGUACCGUUGUGGUGCGUGUCUUACCGUUAAUGAUUUUAUGCUUUUCAUAUAAAAUGAAAGCUCACCGUUUGAAGAAAGGCAGUCGUGAAGGUGUGUCAGUUCAGUGCAGCCACAGCGAAAGUGAUUUGUGUGGUGUUAAAAGUGUUAUAAAAAUAAUCACCAUGAAGCAACUUUUGUACAUUCCCUGUCUGCUCCUAGCGCUUCAAACGGCAGCUGCUGUGGAAGAACACCUAGAAGAGGCGGAAGCGUCCAGUGAACAUGAGCAGGUCGUACCACAGAUUGCACAGGAUUAUGAGCACCAUGAGCCGCACGAUUAUUACGCUUACCCGAAGUACAAAUUCGAGUACGGCGUUAAGGAUCCGCACACUGGCGACCAAAAAAGCCACUGGGAGGAACGCGAUGGCGAUGUUGUGAAGGGUGUCUACUCGCUGUACGAACCGGACGGAUCGGAGCGGGUGGUGGUGUAUCGGGCCGACAAACUGCAUGGAUUCGAGGCGCACGUCAAGCACAUCACCCACGGUGGCCACGUGCAGUCGUACGGCCAGGAGCACGCCUAUCUCGGGGAGGUUCACGGUGAGCAUGGCUACAGCUACAGCAAUCAACACCUGGAGUAAGCGUAAUCGGAGGUCAAGCGGUUCGCAUCGUACCAAAGAAUCGAUCUCAGCCAAGUGUAUCUUUUUUUCCAUACUCAAUAAAUAGUUUUCCCAACGAACGCGUCCGUGGUUACGUCGUGUUUGCGAGCUUGCGAACGUGAAACUCCCGGGAUGGCAACGGAGGUUCCAUAAAUCAUAAACGUAAGCGAUCCUCUUGAUGGUGGAGAAUUGCUAAUCCAAUUUUAGGUAUCCAUUUGAUGCAGCUCCUUCUUGAAAAAAAAAUAAGUUGAAUAAUGCUAAUCGUGCGCCAGCUCUCGAUAAUGGUAACAUAAACCCAAGAGGUGCGUCCAAACACGCCUCGCCUAAGUUCGACAACCACCCACCAACAAAUUCCCAUGAAGGAACGAUCGCACAACCUCCGGGAAACAAUCUCAUCCCAAAAAAAAAAAAAAAACAUGAGCCGCACGCUCCCACGUCAAUGUUGGAAGUUUGCAAACGUUUUGUAUGGGUGUCGGUGGCGCUUUUACAUAAUCUUGCAGCUCGCACCGCGCCGCAAUGGCAUAGGUAUGAUUGAUCCACGCUCCACGGUAACGAUGACACGAAAACGGUAAUUGUUCUGCUGUCUCCAUUUCCAUCUAGCCGUAGGGAAACGAAGUUCCUAGCGAUUGAACGAGACGAUGUCCCUUUUAUGGUCCUACGCUUGAACCAAAAGAGGCAAAGAAAAUGCUGAAAAUCACAAACACCAGUUAAAAAUGACUGACCCAAUGUAUGUGAGUGUUCAUGCAUGGGCAUGGGAACGGAACACGCAAAUGCAGCCACAAAGGCAUGGAAAUUGAAAUGUUUGAAGGAUUGAUUAAUGGAUCUUUGAUUGUGCCGGUGAAGUGGCCGCCAGUAUUCCCAUUGCUGUUCCAUUUGCUUCUUCUAAUCUCCCAGUAAUAAUUCGUGUGCGAUAAUUUCUGCCUCUCUUCCAUAAAUGGUUCAGUUCGAGUGCAAAGGGUUCGCUUUUUAUUCCACCUUGAUGAAGCAUAAGAAGUGUGCCACACGAGCUGCAUGGAAAAGAGAGUUGUAGUACGAGAUGGAAUGUCACGGCACAUGAAGAUCAGCUACCCUCCUUGGGCGAAAGGGAAGGUUGAUUUUUAUCAGCAGCACCCAGAUGGUAAUGCGAUACUGCACUCUCGCGUUACCGGCUAGUCGGACCGAGCACCAGUUGGAAGGAAACGGCGUAACGGGCUUAGAGACCGUUGCGUAAGGGUCAAUUAAUUUUUCAGCGAAUGUGGGCUGGGAAAAUUGGUUUUGGGCUGCUCCAGUUAAGUGCUUAUGCUAUACACCACCUACCGGCCAACAAUUUAGGAAACAUGACGUUUGGUACGGUGCGGAUGAUGUUGAUGAUCCGCGCAUUGAAGUCACUAACGGGAGCGUGCCAGUCUGUCCAAACCGGCAUAGAACUCUACCGCUCAUAUGGCCACACGACGGCUCAAUGGAUUGUAACAGGGCUUUUUUUGUGAAAGUACGAUUAAAUAAAGUUCCCUU